AUCGUUCUUCUAGACAACAAUUUUUCUUCUUCUUCUUCUUGCCUUCUGCUUCUUCUUCUUCUUCUUCUUCUUCUUCUUCUUCUUCUUUCUCUCUCUCUCUCUCUCUCUCUCUCUCUCUCUCUCUCUCUCUCUCUCUCAUUUUUUUUUUUGUUAUGCUUGAUCUCUAUCUCUUUUUUUUUUUGCUUGUUAUGUGUUGUGAUGAUUUUGCUUGGCGAGAGGUUUGAGUAUUUAUAGGCGAGAUCCAAUCUCGCUAUAGUCAUAGAUCCGGCAAAUUUUCAAUUUUGGCGACGACUUUCUCAAUUUCGGUGGCGGUGCUUUUGAUGAAAGUUGCAAAUCUGGCAAAUUUUUAGUUUUGACAACAAUUUUUUCAACUUCGGCGGCAAUUUUCAAUUUUGACAACAAUUUUCUCAACUUCACUGGCGGUGCUUUUAAUGAAAGUUGCAAAUCCGGUAAAUUUUCAAUUUUGGCAACGGUUUUCUCAACUUCAGAGGCGGUGCUUUGGACGAAAGUUGCAAAUCCGGCAAAUUUUCAAGUUUGACAACGGUUUUCUUAAUUUCGGCGGUGGUACUUUUGACGAAAGUUGUAGAUUUGGCGAAUUUUCAAUUUUGGCAACGGUUUUCUCAACUUCGGCAGCCGUGCUUUUGAUGAAAGUUGUAGAUCCGGCAUCGAGUGUGAUUUUCCUUGAAUUUGGUAUUUUUGUAUUUUUGAACACCUAAAGGGCGUAUUUUUAUACAUAUGUAUUUUUUUCACUUAUAUUCCUACAAAGUGUAUACAUACAUACAUACAUAUAUACAUGCAUAUACAUAUAUAUAUAUAUAUAUAUAUAUAUAUAUUAUGCAAGUCAUCUGAAAAUAAAGAUUAGGUAAUGAGCAUCUUUUAAAAGAAAUAAAGGAAAAGCAUUGAGUGAAUAACCCUUGAAAGGAUCACCGAGAGUUGUAUUCUUACCACGCUUUUGGGGGUCCUGAGGUGAGAAUAGUUUUUGUCUUACGCAAGGCUAUCUAAUAUUUAAAGGUUAAAUAAUUGAACAAAAUGAAGAACUGAAGUACGGUCUGUUAGACAGGUGUAAAGGGGUGCUAAUGCCUUCCUUUGGUGUAACCUUACUCCUAAAUUCAAAUCUAAUGACAUAAACCAUUAAUGAUGCUUUCCUUAGACCUAGGCGACUAAUGAACUAGUAAUAUGUUAAAUAGGCGUACUAAUUGUACCUAAAUUAAAUAGGUUGGUGGAGACUAUUGUUUUUCAAAAGUAACCAAUUUCUUCAUUUAUGUAUUGUACUAGGCAUUUAAGUAAUGAACUUUUUGUAAUAGCGCAACGACCCAUAAGAUUAUGUAUUUUAUGCAAUAAAUAGAUAAAAAUUGGAAUUUUCUCUACACUAUAUAAAAAUAAUUUAUCUACAAUUAAACCAAUGAAUUUUCAAAUGCUAUUUACUUUACUUUUUUUUACAAUUAAUUAUUAUUUUUAAAUAUAAUUAAACAAUAUUAUAACUCAGCCCUUUCUCAAUUGUAGUACUUGUCAAGUUCAACUUAUUUCUUUAAAAAAAUAUAUAUAUUUAGCCAAGCAAUUAAUUUAAGUAAUAAACUUUUUAUGAUAGCCAAUGACCCCAACAAAUGAAUAAAAUUAGUAUUUUCUGCACCUGUAUAAAACGUAUUUAUCUACUGAUAAACACUCAGUGUUCCUGAUAACUCUACGUGUGUGUGUGUGUGUGUGUGUGAGAGAGAGAGAGAGAGAGAGCGAGAGAGCUUAGGAGAAAUGGAAGGGAACAAAUCGAGCAUUGUGAAUUUGCUCCGGUGCGUGAAACAGAAGUCUGGGAAGACGUACAAUCAAUUAGCAGCAGAAACGGGUCUUACCAACGUGUACGUUGCGCAGCUCCUGCACCGCCAGGCUCAGCUCAAACCCGCCACUGUCCCCAAAUUGCGCGCCGCUCUUCCUCUGCUCACCGAAGAGCUCAUCAAUGCGAUGAUGGAGCCGCCCUUUAGGUCCUACGACCCCAAUUUGAUCCAAGAACCCGCUGUUUACAGGUUGAAUGAAGCAAUUAUGCAUUUUGGUGGGAGCAUCAAGGAAAUUAUCAACGAGGAGUUUGGCGAUGGCAUCAUGUCUUCGAUUGAUUUCUACUGCUCAGUUGACAAAGUUAAAGGUGUGGAUGGGAAGGAUCGUGUCGUUGUCACAUUUGACGGAAAAUAUUUGUCUCAUGCUGAGCAGAAGUCGGAAGAUAUGGUCUCAAGAUUAAGUGCUUAGGGAAGUUCAUGAGUACAAUCACUCCAAACCAAAUGAAAUGAACUCUUCACUGCUCAUGUAGUGGAAUUUCAGAUGUACAUGUGGCUGCACCCUGUGGACUUUGUUGAAAAGUAAAACUAAUUUAUCAUCAGCAUUUGUGUUAAAAUGUAAAAACUGAACAGAGCAUCAAAAUAUGUAAUGGUAUUUAUGCAGCCACAGUUUGGUUUUUCAUGGCCA